ACUGUUUUCUUAUCAACCUACAGUUUGCCAGUUACACAGCCUGAGAAAUCAUGCUGAAACAGGAUGGCCGCGAGUCUAGAUAUUAACAUCUUGAAGGCAGAUUGAACCUCCGUGAACGAUACCCUCCACAGAAUGAAUCAUUUAAAGACAAGUCUUCAAUGAUGAAUCCACCCUCUGGAGUUUGAAAAGAGACGAGGCUGCUUUAAGAGAGAAACAGGAAGUUGUAACUAGAAGCCGUCUGAAUGCUAAGCCAUUUGAAUGCCCGUGAAGUAGCAACAAAGUAGCAGCGUUUAUUCCGAAAUUCUGUGGGCGCCAGCCCGUCCCAGGCAUCCCUCAUCAGAGUGCUCAUCCCUCAUCCAGGGAUUUCUCUGAGCAUCACGGUCGAGUGCAGAAUGGCGGGGCAGCUUCGGCUUACGUCAGGGAAGGAUGAAGAUCAUUUUCAACACCAGGGAGCGGUGGAGCUGCUCGCGUUUAAUUUUUUGCUCAUCCUUACCAUUUUAACCAUCUGGCUGUUUAAAAAUCAUCGAUUCCGCUUCUUGCACGAGACUGGAGGCGCGAUGGUGUACGGCCUCAUCAUGGGAUUGAUUUUACGAUAUGCCACAGCACCGACCGAUAUUGAUAGUGGAACUGUCUACGAUUGUGGGAAGUUGUCCUUCAGCCCAUCAACUCUGCUGGUCAACAUCACUGACCAAGUUUACGAAUAUAAGUAUAAGAGGGAAAUCAGCCAGCACAACGUCAGUCCCCACCAAGGCAACGCUAUACUGGAGAAGAUGACAUUUGACCCCGAAAUCUUCUUCAACGUUUUGCUGCCUCCCAUUAUAUUUCAUGCAGGAUACAGUCUGAAGAAGAGACACUUUUUUCAAAACUUGGGAUCCAUCUUAACGUAUGCCUUCUUGGGAACAGCCAUCUCCUGUGUGGUCAUAGGGUUAAUUAUGUAUGGCUUUGUGAAGGCCAUGGUGUAUGCUGGCCAGCUGAAGAGCGGAGACUUCCAUUUCACUGACUGUUUAUUUUUUGGUUCACUGAUGUCUGCUACAGAUCCCGUGACGGUGUUGGCCAUUUUCCACGAACUACACGUGGACCCUGACCUGUACACACUGCUGUUCGGGGAGAGUGUGCUGAACGAUGCGGUGGCCAUAGUCCUCACAUACUCCAUAUCCAUCUACAGUCCCAAGGAGAAUCCCAAUGCCUUUGACACCGCAGCGUUCUUCCAGUCUGUGGGCAAUUUCCUAGGGAUCUUCGCCGGCUCCUUUGCCAUGGGCUCUGCCUAUGCAGUUGUCACAGCACUGUUGACCAAAUUUACCAAGCUCAGUGAGUUCCCGAUGCUGGAAACAGGCCUGUUUUUCCUCCUUUCCUGGAGUGCCUUCCUGUCUGCAGAGGCCGCCGGCUUAACAGGCAUAGUCGCUGUUCUCUUCUGUGGAGUCACACAGGCACAUUAUACCUACAACAACCUGUCAUCAGAUUCCAAGCUGAGGACGAAACAGCUGUUUGAAUUUAUGAACUUCCUGGCUGAGAAUGUCAUCUUCUGCUACAUGGGCCUGGCUCUGUUCACCUUCCAGAAUCACAUUUUUAAUGCUCUUUUUAUACUUGGAGCCUUUCUAGCGAUUUUUGUUGCCAGAGCCUGCAACAUUUACCCCCUCUCCUUCCUCCUGAAUCUGGGCAGAAAGCAGAAGAUUCCCUGGAACUUCCAGCACAUGAUGAUGUUUUCAGGUUUGCGAGGCGCCAUUGCCUUUGCCCUGGCCAUCCGCAACACGGAAUCUCAGCCCAAACAGAUGGUGUUCACCACCACGCUGCUCCUCGUGUUCUUCACGGUCUGGGUGUUCGGAGGAGGGACGACCCCCAUGCUCACGUGGCUUCAGAUCAGAGUUGGUGUGGACCUGGAUGAAAAUCUGAAGGAAGAGCCCUCCUCACAGCAGGAAGCAAGUAAGAUGGACAAAAACACGACAAAGACGGAGAGCGCACAGCUCUUCAGGAUGUGGUAUGGAUUUGACCACAAAUAUCUGAAGCCCAUCUUAACGCAUUCAGGUCCUCCACUGACCACCACAUUACCGGCAUGGUGUGGCCCCGUCUCCAGGCUGCUCACCAGUCCUCAGGCCUAUGGGCAGGAACAAGUGAAAGACGAUGAUGUGGAAUGUAUUGUAAACCAAGAUGAACUCGCCAUGAACUACCAGGAGCAAAGCCCCUCGCCCAGCAGUCCUGUCACUAAGCUCGCUCUGGAUCAGAAGUCUUCACUCCAGACCCCAGGCAAGGAAAACAUCUACGAGGGAGACCUCGGCCUGGGAGGCUAUGGACUCAAACUUGAGCAGACCCGGGGUCAACCCCAGGUGGACUAAUUGGUAUGAUGAGUGCAGACGUAGUCACCGGGUAAUGCAAAACCACUGAGGAAUGCCAACAGCCAAGAAGGUGGUGCAGAGAGAGAGACGCACAAAGAGUAUUAAGAGCAUAAAUUGGACUGAAUCAAAACCUUGUCACAUGUAUCCUCCCGUGCCUUCAGAAAUGAGAAUUCAUUACCUUCCCUCCUUAUUAUACAACCUCAUUUAAUUAUCUGACAGCCAUUUUUUACUGCUGGAUUGGGGGCCAGGGGAAUCAGGUCUAGCUGCUAUUGGGAUGAACCAUAUGCGCUGGGCCUGCAGGGGGCUCCUCCUGUUCCUCAGACAGUUCCCCAGGCCCUUCGUGUGGAUUUUGGAUUCUCUUCCAUUAAUUAUGGAACAUUAAUAACAUGGAAAAGAAUACUCCUGAGCAUAAGCGAUAAGGCUUAUCUCUUAGGACUUGACUUGUUCUACUUGACUGUAGGGCUGGCUACAUACAGAGCCCAGUGAGUGUGCGGUGCCCGCUAUUGAUGGCCUCAGAGAAGUCACAUGAGUCAUGAGUCGGGAGCCCUGUUGUCCUUGCUGGCACUCUCCCCAUACUGUUCCUCCCCCUCCUCCAAGGUGUGUCUAUGUUAAGUGGAGGGCCUCUAGCCAGUUUAAGGGGACUCUUUCAGGGGAAAGCUGGUUUCUUUCCCACAUUCUGUGUUUCACUCAAAUGCUGAGCCUCCCUUCCUUGUGUGCACACGAACAACUUCUUGACGCAGAUUCCCUCUGCAUGCUGGGAAGUCGUAUUCUGCAUCAUGCUCUUUCCACAUGGAGGAGAUUGUGCAGGAGCCCUGACCUUUUCCAAUUCCAAUAUUCGGUGACUGAUUGGCAACAGAGAAGCCAGAAGAGUAGGGAUGGUGGCAUUUAGGCCACACUGAGGCACCAAGGACAAGCACCAAUAAGGACCCACCCCCUUCCCAGCGUGGCUCAUAGCUGCAUUGAAAAAAACAACACAAUAGCUUUUAAUUCAGCUGCAUGACCUGUGCCUUUGAAGCCAUAAGAUACCUCAAGCCUAGUUUCUCUUGAAAUGCAGAUGUUACUGUUAGGCUCCAAAGAACAGGCUUCACACUUGGGAGCCUAAGACAGGAUGGAUUUGCUUUUGAGGGUGACGGAGAAUGGGUUCUUUCUCAGGCCCAAAGCCUAAAACUAAUGCAUGCUUCGCUGAGCUCUUCUUAGGCCUUAGACCUGUGGUGUCAGGUAUACUGCUCUGCAUGUCAGUUUUCUUGCUUCCAAAUACUGCGGGGAACUUUUAUAUUCGACUAAGUAAAACCUUGUCAUUUCAGGUAAAUAUGGCAAGUAGAGGAGUUUUCUAAUUUGACCUCAUCCUAAUAAAGUUUUGUUAUGGUGUA